GGCGACGGGAGCAGGACGGCUGGGACCGAGCAGCCCCGGACUGAGAUAUAUAUUAUAUAGAUCGUAAAACAGCUGGGUGCUUUAUUUAUUUAUUAUUUGUCUCCGACUACUUUUUAAAAAUAUUUUAGCUGUUUUUGAAGUUCUUAAACUGGUUGAUUUUUUUCCUCGGUUGUUGUGUGUGUGUUUUUUUUUUUUAACACUACGGUAGUUAAAAUGGCGAGCUCGGCCAACUCGAACCCAGUGCCUAAACUCUAUAAAACUGUGAUGGAGGACGUGAUUAAUGAAGUCCGAGAGCUCUUCCUGGACGAGGGUGUGGACGAACAGGUUCUAAUGGAACUCAAAACACUGUGGGAGAGUAAGCUGAUGCAGUCGAAGGCUGUGGACGGUUUCCACUCGGAGGAGCAGCAGGUUCAUCAGGCUCCACAGACGCAGGUUCCACAGGUCCAGCAGACCCAACAAACAACACAACCACAACAGGUUCUCCUUCCUCCAGCACAACAAGCCCCACAGCAGCAGGUGAUCAUCCAGGACCCCAAAAUCCUGCAGCACAUGAGCGCUACAGGCAUGAGCGCAGCUGCCACUGCCGCGACUUUGGCGUUGCCCACCGGAGUUACAGGAGUCGGACCCUACCAACAACUCAUCACUAAUCAGGGUCAGAUCCUGCAGGUGGUCAGAGCUGCUAAUGGAGCUCAGUACAUCAUUCAGCCUCAGCAGCCCAUCAUGGUGCAGCAGCAGGUCCUGCCUCAGUUACAGACCGGUGGAGUGCAGGCUCCAGUCAUACAGCAGGUGUUGACCCCAGUGCAGGGUGGUCUUUCUCAGCAGACCGGUGUGAUCAUUCAGCCUCAGCAGAUCGUCCUCACGCAGAAUAAAGUGCAGCAGAACACUCAGGUGAUGCAGGCAGCUCUGGCUCAAGGACCGGCUCAAACACAACCCCAAACACACACACAAACUCCACAGCAACCACAAACAGCACAACAGCAAGCGCAGCAGCCUCAGGCUCCCCUGGUGCUCCAGGUGGACGGAGCCGGAGACACAUCUUCAGAGGACGACGAGGAAGAGGAGGACGAAUACGACGAGGAUGAUGACGAGGACAAGGACAAAGAUGGAGGAGAGGAUGGCCAAGUGGAGGAGGAGCCUCUGAACAGCGGAGACGACGUGAGUGACGAGGAGGAUCAGGAGCUGUUCGACACGGAGAACGUCGUCGUGUGUCAGUACGAUAAGAUCCACAGAAGUAAGAACAAAUGGAAAUUCCACCUGAAAGACGGGAUCAUGAACCUGAACGGACGCGAUUAUGUUUUUUCCAAAGCCAUCGGAGACGCGGAGUGGUAAAGAAAAACGAACAAACGAACCAGCGAGCGACGGACUCUUGAGCGUGAGUGAGUGACACGUCAGUUUUCUGCAGGAGGACGGGACUUGUUUCAGCAUCAGGAAACAGAACACAGUGCGUGAGAUGAAAGAGGAUGUCCUGAAACUGUACGACUUUUAAAAAAAAAAAAAAACAAAAAAUCUCAUCUGUACAUUUCUAGCGUGUGUUUAGUCAGUGGAUCUACGACGACUGCCAUUUUUUUGGCUCCUUCAUCCUCGGAUGGACGUCUUUAAUUUGACGUAAUAAACUUUUAACGCCCAGCUCGAACAAAACGAAACAUAAAGCGAUCAAGUAGAGGCUUCGCGAGCGGAUAUAUGGUAGUGCCUCGAAUUAGCUGUGAAGUAGGCGACGUGUGCCGACGUUUGUGUUUAUCGUGAUGAAACCUUCGAUAUCGUCAGCGUGUCUGUUCAUCACUCGCUUCCUGGGACGAACGUAACGUAACGCUGCCUUCAGAUCUGUCCCGAGACGGCUGUUCUUUAUCCUGUCUUCUCUCACACCACACGACUCCUACACUCUGACGGCAUGCUGGUGAUAUUGUACACGUCGAAUAUCGCAAUAUUCUUCGUUAACCGAUUAACGGCACGUGCCUGCUGCGACGUCUUCGGACCCUCAGCCUUCGUACCUUUAGAUUAGCGUGUUGGUUUGUUGCGUUGUUAGUUAUGCCAAUUAAAGUUUCAGAUUUCUGUGUUUAGGAAGUCCUGUGACAUGUUUCACACACACACACACACACACGUUUGUUUCCUUUUUAUAUUUUUAAGAUGGUCUUUUUUUCCCCAGCGUUGUCAAGAAUGAACACUAAAACACAAAUAUUGAUUGUGCAAACCCUGUUUUAGAUGUUAGAGGUGUGUGGGGGGGGCAGUAUUUUACAGCUGUUUAAAGGAUUAAUGCACUGUUAGUGUGAUGCCUCUAUAGCAUGCCUAGUCCCUGUGUGUGUGUGUGUGUGUGUGUGUGUGUGUGUGUGUGUGUGUGUGUGUGUG